AUGAACUACCGGAGCUGGGCGCGAUGCAUCAUCCCCCUUCAGGCGGUCCUGGGCAUGGUCGUGAUCAGUUUAGGGGCCUCCUCGUCGAUAGCCAUGAACAGCACCAACCCAGUGCAAGGCGCACAAGAGUUGAAACCGACCUCGAAGUGCGACUGCUGGGUGUUCAGCCACAUGAAUAAGUCAGGCGGCAUGACUGUCCGGAAGAUGAUCAUGCCCUUUUUAACGGAGAAGGGCGUGUCAACUGCAUUGUUCGACGACAUAGAGUGGUCCUCCGGCCGGAGCUACGCGGAAACCUUUGUCAAGGAAAACGCAGUGUUUACUUACGGCGGGUAUACCGAAGGACUCCGGAUGUACGACGAUCGGGACUGCAAGUGGUUUACCGUUUUCCGACACCCUGUCUCCCGUGUCGUGAGCGCGUACUUUUACUGCCAAAGGGCCCAUCACGACCAGCUGUGCGCGGCAGUAGUGCUGGAUGCGAGCAAGGUCGACCUCCUCACGUUCGCCGAGCAUUGGGGCAACUACGGUCUGCGGCAAUUCGCACUGGCUUCCAUCAAGGCAGAAGACGUGUUUCACAACGAGGUCGUCAGCGAGUUUUGCCAGCAAGCGCGCGGCCACGGGGAUGUUUGCAUCCCGGCAUGGUACCGGCAAAAGCAUUAUCUGCACCUGCCACACCAAGACGAUUUUUGUGGGCCGACACAACCAGAGUCUGGACUAGCUCAGUUCCUUUCGAGCGCGCAGGAGACUCUGAGCACCCGGUACGCCGCAGUGGGGAUUAUUGAGGAGUGGGACAACAGCAUGGAGCUCUUCAACAGGGUGCUGAAUCUGCGGCGGUUCGAUUGGGUCAAGGAGUUUCAGAAGUCGGGCAAAAAAAACAGUGGGGGUUCGCAGUUCGAAACCGCCUCAAAGAGCGCGCUGAAGGCCGCCUGGCACAGCCCAGAGUUGAAAAAGUUCAUUUGGCUAGACAUUCUUUUGUAUGACCACGCCCUUUCAGUGCACCGAAGCCAGGUUGCCGAUCUUGGCAUUGUGUGA